AGGUUCCGUCCGCCUGUCGCCACAAAGUUCAUGCAACAGAUCCUCCAGAGUCAACUCCAGAACAAGAUCUACCAUGCCGAUGAGGCUCAGAAACUGUCCAAGAUCAUCGCCGAGGACAUCAAGGCGAAACUGAUCGAGCUUGAACUAGGCAGAUACAAGUACGCCGUCAAUGUCGUCCUCGGAGAGAACCUCGGUGGGGGCGCAAGGAUGGAUGCCCGCUGUCAUUGGGACCAGGAAUCCGACGGCUCCGCACAAGCAUUCUUCACCAACGUAAGCGUAGGAGGCUAA